AUGCCAGGUCUCGUUUCCCCCGGCGGACCUCCGCCCCGAAUCACCUUACCCGAAACCCCCCAAAGAUCCGACUCCACCACCAAAACACCCUCCCCCUCACCCCUCCCCAAAAAACCACCCUCCCCCUCUCCCUCCUCCCGCUCCAAAAAGAAAACACCCGAAACUCCAACCACCACUCUCCUCUCCGAAGCCUCACUCGAUAACCCAGAUCUCGGCCCAUUCCUACUCAAACUCGCCCGCGACACCAUCGCCUCCGGCGAUGGACCUUCCAAAGCCCUCGACUACGCCAUCCGCGCCUCCAAAUCCUUCGAACGCUGCGCCGUCGAUAACAUCCCCAGUCUCGACUUCGCCAUGAGCCUCCACGUCCUAGCCGCGAUUUACUGUAGCUUAAGCCGCUUCGAAGAAGCCGUACCCGUCCUCGAACAAGCGAUCCUUGUUCCCGAUAUCAAAAUAGGCGCCGAUCACGCUCUCGCCGCUUUCUCCGGUUAUAUGCAGUUAGGUGAUACUUUCUCUAUGCUAGGUCAAGUUGAUAAAUCGAUUUCUUGUUAUGAUCAAGGUCUUCAGAUUCAGAUGCAAACCCUAGGUGAAACCGAUCCGCGCGUGGGGGAAACGUGUCGGUACUUGGCGGAGGCGAAUGUUCAGGCGAUGCAGUUCGAUAAAGCGGAGGAGCUUUGUAAUAAAACUUUAGAGAUCCAUCGUGCGCAUAGUGAGCCUGCUUCGCUCGAGGAGGCUGCAGAUCGGAGGCUUAUGGCGUUGAUUUGUGAGGCGAAGGGAGAUUACGAGCCCGCGUUGGAGCAUCUUGUUUUGGCCAGCAUGGCCAUGAUUGCGAAUGGACAAGAUACUGAAGUCGCUUCCAUUGAUGUCAGCAUUGGGAAUAUUUAUAUGGCGCUGUGUCGAUUUGAUGAAGCCAUAUUUUCUUAUCAGAAAGCGCUUACUGUGUUUAAAUCAGCGAAAGGAGAGAAUCAUCCGUCGGUUGCGUCUGUGUUUGUUCGGUUGGCUGAUUUGUAUCAUAGGACAGGGAAGCUUCGUGAGUCGAAGUCUUAUUGUGAAAAUGCGCUUAGGAUAUACUCUAAACCAGUUCCUGGGACGACCGCGGAAGAGAUUGCUGGUGGUUUGACGGAGGUUUCGGCUAUAUUUGAAUCUGUUGAUGAUCCGGAGGAGGCGUUGAAGCUGUUGCAGAAGGCAAUGAAAUUGUUGGAGGAUAAACCUGGACAGCAGAGCACGAUUGCGGGUAUAGAAGCGCGGAUGGGAGUGAUGUAUUACAUGAUUGGGAAGUAUGAUGAAGCUAGAAGCGUGUUUGAGAGUGCUGUGUUGAAAUUGAGAACCAGUGGGGAAAGGAAAUCUGCAUUUUUUGGGGUUGUUUUGAACCAAAUGGGGUUGGCUUGCGUGCAAUUGUUUAAGAUUGAUGAAGCUGCUGAGUUGUUUGAGGAAGCUAGAGGAAUUCUUGAACAAGAGUGUGGACAUUGUCAUCAAGAUACUCUUGGAGUUUAUAGCAAUCUUGCAGCAACUUAUGAUGCAAUGGGAAGGGUUGGAGAUGCAAUUGAAAUCUUAGAAUAUGUUUUAAAGUUGAGGGAAGAGAAGCUUGGAAUAGCAAAUCCUGAUUUUGAAGAUGAGAAGCGGCGUUUGGCUGAGUUGCUGAAAGAAGCUGGUAAGACACGAGACAGAAAAGCAAAAUCUUUGGAAAACCUGAUUGAUCCAAAUUCAAAGAGGACAAAGAAGGAGAGUACCAAGAGGUGGCCUGGUUUGGGAUUUAGAAUUUAA